GUGGAUCCUGUGACUGAGCCAGGCCAUCAGGCUCGGCAGCUGGUGAGGGCUCACUGACUUCUUCAUUCCUGUUACUUCACUUUGUACUAGUUUACUGUUAGAAAAGCAACUGAUAGGAAUACAUCUAUACAUGCAUAGUUCAUNCAUACACUGAGAUCACUUUCUGUGGGCUGUGUGGUUAUGGAGGCUGAGUAGGCCCCUGUGUGACCUGCUAUCUUCAGCUGGAAGCCCAGGGAAGCCAGUGCUGCCCUGAGUCCCAGGCUUGCCUGAGAUGCGAUAGUGUCCCAGCUUGGAUGACUCUUAUGAGUCACAAUGGUGUAUUCUCUUUCCUUACUCUUUUCUUGAGCCCUUUAACAGGUUAGUGGGUAUCCACUCUGCUGGGCAAGGACAUAUCUUUCACACAGUCACCUGUUCUGGACAUCCAGAAGUCACGCUCAUUCUAGGUGCUUUAAGGCCAGUCAGGUGAUGACUCAAAAGUGUGCUCAACUCAUCCAGUCUUCACCACUCGAAGGAAGGGGAAGUUAGAAAUUACUGUUGGCCCUUAUCCCAGGACACUUGUUCCCCAUAGGAAGCUGUUCAGUGACUCUUAACAUGACCUUAUUUAUGGAAGGAGCUGUACAUCUUGUUUAUUAAAGGCGUAGGAGUUCCUCGUGUGUUUCUUGACUGACCAGCUUUAAGUACUAGAAUAUGUGUGAGAGCCCAUGAGAUGGACAGUUGGGUAGAAGGCCUUGUUGAGCAAGCCUGGACUUCUGUAUGUGCCAUGGCAUAUGUGGGCCUACACUUCCAGGCACACAUCAUACACCUACACACACAUACAUACACAUACACCUAUUCACACACAUAUCUAUAGACAUACACACUAAAUAAAAUAUAUAUGAAAAUGCCUAGCAUCUUUUCUGGCCUGCAGUAAACAACUGAAUUGGAUUCCUGGGCUUCUUGUUUUCUUGAAAUACAGAUAUUGGUGGAGCAAUGAGCUUCACCCUCGAAGUGCCUGACUGAACCAUUUCUUUGGGCUGUGAAGUUCUGAGCGUGUUCAUCUGAAGCUCUUUGUAUUCAUCGCUGUCUUUCAUGCCCCCUAACUUUACCCUGCCCNUUUUUCUUGUGGAUUAGAUGGCCUCUCCAGAAGAGAAAUGCCAGCAAGUUCUGGAGCCCCCGUAUGAUGAAAUGUUUGCAGCUCAUUUAAGGUGUACCUAUGCUGUGGGGAAUCACGACUUCAUAGAAGCGUACAAGUGCCAGACGGUGAUAGUCCAAUCAUUCCUUCGGGCAUUCCAGGCUCACAAAGAGGAAAACUGGGCUCUGCCUGUCAUGUAUGCAGUAGCACUUGACCUUCGGAUAUUUGCCAAUAAUGCAGACCAGCAGUUGGUAAAGAAAGGGAAGAGCAAAGUUGGAGACAUGCUGGAAAAAGCUGCCGAGCUGCUGAUGAGCUGCUUCCGAGUCUGUGCCAGUGACACCCGUGCCGGCAUAGAAGACUCUAAGAAGUGGGGGAUGCUGUUCCUGGUGAACCAGCUAUUUAAAAUCUACUUUAAGAUCAACAAACUCCAUUUGUGUAAACCUCUUAUCAGAGCCAUCGACAGCUCGAAUCUGAAAGACGACUAUAGCACAGCGCAGAGGAUCACGUACAAGUACUACGUGGGGCGCAAGGCCAUGUUCGACAGUGACUUCAAGCAAGCGGAGGAGUACCUGUCGUUUGCCUUUGAACACUGCCAUCGCUCUAGCCAGAAGAACAAGAGGAUGAUUCUGAUCUACCUGCUGCCAGUGAAGAUGCUGCUGGGUCACAUGCCGACCAUCGAGCUCCUGAGGAAGUACCACCUGAUGCAGUUUUCAGAAGUGACCAAAGCCGUCAGUGAGGGCAACCUGCUGCUGCUCAAUGAGGCGCUGGCAAAGCACGAGACGUUCUUCAUUCGCUGUGGCAUCUUCCUCAUCCUGGAGAAGCUGAAGAUCAUCACAUACAGGAACCUCUUCAAGAAAGUGUAUUUGUUACUCAAGACACAUCAGCUGUCUCUAGACGCCUUUCUGGUUGCUUUGAAAUUCAUGCACGUGGAAGACGUGGACAUUGACGAGGUCCAGUGCAUUCUGGCCAACUUGAUAUACAUGGGUCACAUUAAAGGCUACAUCUCCCAUCAGCAUCAGAAACUGGUCGUCAGCAAGCAGAACCCUUUCCCUCCGCUGUCCACAGUGUGCUGAUGCCCAGGCCUUGCCGACAGCGCACUCCUGCUACCGCUGCCUGCUGCAGCUCCUGUCUCCUGGUGCAGUUGCCAGCAC